UCUGUUUACUGUGAUCUCAUGUUCAGUAUUUUACAUUAUCUUGGCAAAAAAAAUCCAGAUGAAUCGCUUUGGCAUAGCUCCAAUAUGCAGGUUCCAGAACAACCACCUUAUGCAGGAAGGACCAGGUGUAAUCUUUUUCUAGUGAAAAGAGCAAGAUCUAUUCAUGUUUGACUUCUUGUAGUACAAAUUGCGCUUUCCUCGGCAUGCGAGUAUAUAAGGAAGGUAUACACACACACACCUACACCAUUCGAGAAAGAAUAAGGCAGCUACGGCCAUCCACUCAUGGGCUACUUCAAUCUGCUGCCAGCUGUUUUCUCUUCGCCCAACAAACCUCAACACUCAUCGAUUAUUGCCUACCUAGCAAUACUUGAAACAUCAUCAAUACCUGCCUACUUUUAUAAUUUCUUUACCUACUCUUUCCACCUACAAUGUCGAAUGAUUCUAGACUGAACUGGGAGGCCCAGGGACGCCAUGCCGGAAGCGUCGUUCAAGAUCUGGUCAGCCAGCUCAACAUCGAAAGAUUGGAUUCCAACAGCAGAUUAGUGAAGGGUAUGUCCGAUGCGUCGGCCUCAGACAACCUGGUCAACGACAGAGACUACGUGGUAAGGUCAUCCAACCAGGAUAGAACAACCGAGAAAAUUGACGCAGUGCAGGCCGAGCGACUCAUACAAGCGUUUGCAUCACUUCCAAAAGAUUCCAAGAACUCCGAGACCGGCACAGGAGUGUUGCUCAACAAUCUUUACUCCAAACUCCCGCACCCGCCCAUGUCAUGUCUCGGAGACCCGUACAAAUACCGCACGGCUGAUGGAAGCAACAACAAUAUCAUCUUCCCCGACAUUGGAAAAGCUGGGAGUUUUUAUUGUCGGACCGUAACGCCUCAGCAUGUUCCUUCACAACUCCCUGAUCCGGGCCUGAUCUUUGAUGCUCUCUUGGCCCGCAAAGGUCCCGUGGAACCACACCCGAACAAGAUUUCUAGUCUGUUCUUUGCGAUGGUGACAAUCAUCAUUCACGAUAUCUUUCGUACAGAUGACAUAAAUCCCAGUAUUGUCAAAACUUCAUCGUACUUGGAUCUCUCCCCGUUGUACGGCGCAGAUCAGCAGACACAAGAUUCUGUGAGAGCCUUCGUGGAUGGGAGACUGAAACCGGACACAUUUGCCGAGAUCAGACUGCUUGCUCAACCGCCAGAGGUAUAUUGGGCUGUAAAGGUGCCUACUGAUCCGAGUCAACGAACAUUCGGCGGUCUUCACCGCAAUGCUGAAGGAUAUUUCGAUGAUGCAGCCCUGAUCAAGAUUAUAACAGACGCCACAGAAGACUGUGCUAGAAGCUACGGAGCUCAUCGUGUUCCAAUUGCACUAAGAGCGGUUGAAAUGUUAGGCGUCUAUCAGGCCAGGUACUGGGGAGUAGCAACGUUAAACGAAGUGCGCCGUCACUUCGGCCUGGUGCCUCACAAGACCUUCGCAAGUGUCAAUCCAGACCCAGAUGUAGCAGCGUCUUUGAAGACUCUGUACGGAGAUGUGGAUAACGUGGAAUUCUAUCCAGGUGUUGUGGUCGAGGAGCCAAAGCAGGCCAUGACCCCUGGGUCAGGUCUCUGCGCUCCUCUUACGACCAGUAUGGCAAUUCUGUCAGAUGCAGUCUCUCUAGUCCGCUCAGACCGUUUCAACACGAUCGACUUCUCUCCAGCUUUGCUCACUGCUUUUGGUUUCGAGGAGAUCAAUGUGGACAGCUCAGUUUACCGCGGAAACUCAAUAUAUGCCUGGUAUCCAUUCACGGUUCCUUCUGAAAUGCGUAAUAUCAAGGAGUCACUGCACGAAUCAUCAGACUGGGACUACGAUUUGCCAGCGCUCAGAACAGAGCCCGUUGUGGUUACUACAUCACAAGGCAUAGACAACGUUUUUGCUUCCCCAUCAUGGAGCAUCCCUUAUAGCGUCAUUCCAGACCUUUCCAGUGACUUUGAUACUAUGCUCAACCCAGACGAUCCGGAGAAACGGGCCGAGAUCUGGAAUGCUUUGCAUCUCUCGAGCGACCACAUCCCGGCUUUCUCACGAGCAAUCAAAGCUACCACGAACGACUCGUUGUGGCAAAACAGUAACACGCUCGGCAGCCUCCGGGAAUUCGAUGCCGCAAAAGAUGUCGCAUCUCUCAGUUGGACUCGUUUCGUAGCCCGCCUAUUCGGCAUCAGAAUGAAGAACGAAGCAUCAGACUCCAAGAACCUUUACGAUUACUUCUACUCCAUCUACACCUACACGUUUCAUGACAAAGACUGCACAAAAUCACUGGCAGCUCAAAAGCAGGCUGCUAAAGCGUCCAAAGCGCUCAGCGACUUGAUCACGCCUACAUUUAUGGCUGUGAAGUUGCAGCCACCCAGCAGACUCCUACAAAAUAUCGGCAUCAAUUUGUUCAACGAUGACCUGCUGCCUGAUCAUGGUAUAUGCCUGCUCAAGCGCUUAUUUGACGACGGCCGAAGCGUCGAUCAUGUUGUUGGAUUGGUGACAAUGCUCGCGAGCACCAUAACAGUAUUAAGCACCCAAGCAAUGACUCAGAUGAUCGACCUUUUUCUUACAGAGCCGUAUCAUAGCACUCACUGGCCAGAGAUACAGAAGCUAGCAGAUGACAACUCAUCCGACGCUUCCGCAAAACUCCACCAGUAUGCGCUUGAGGCGCUUCGUCUUACUUGUCCAGUGAUCAGUAACUUGCGACUCGCCACCCUCAACACAACCAUAGAUGAUGGUUCGACCACACAUUUGAUCAAGAAGGGCGAUUUGAUCAUUCUGGAUACGGCCAAAGCUUCUCAAGAUCCGGAGAAGUUCCCCUCCCCCGAAGAAAUCCGAUUCGACCGCCCAGCAGACAACCAAUAUUCACUAUUUGGGAUUGGACCUCAUGAGAGCAUUGGGAAUUCUGUGGUUGUGGCAGGUUUGACAGAACAACUGCGAAUUCUUGCGGGACUGAAGGGAUUGAGGCGGGUGCCGGGCCCUGUGGGACAAUUAGGAGGCAGAAAGGUGGGCGCCGUUACUAGUUUCCUGAACGACGAGAGGGAUGGCUGGGAUCCUUUACCGAAAAGUAAGUCCCUACCUUUAUUGAAGAUAUAUGUCCGGUGUUGA